GAUAAGUAUCCAGUCAAGGAUAUACGAGACGACCAGUCUCUUGGAAAAGCGCACAUGCGCUGCCCCGAGGCCGCCGCCUGCUCCCGUCGCCGCUGUAGAUGGUUGUUGUUCGUUCUGGUUGGAGUUGCGCGCCAUGGCCGAUGGGUGAUGAUGUCAUUCACCAAAGUUGACGGGAUAGGAACUGGUCAGGAAAGUCUCGAGUUCAAUCCUCAAAGAAAAAGAAAGUCUGAGCAAGAGAGCGAGCUGGCAGAUUCUCCUGACCUCCCAAUUUUUUUUUGAC